GCAAAAUGGCGGCCGUAGCGACCAAACAUCAAACGAAAUGUUCCAGUUAAAAAAUCCUUUUACAACGGCCUGUCCAAAGUAAAAGUCAGUUUGCUGAAAAACAAACGUAUCAGGUUGUGAUCUGUUCAAGAAAUUCCGUCGACAAAAUGAUGCUUUCAAGGAAGAAGCCGGCCGUAGGCCCCGGCUCAGGAAAUACAGUGUCAUCCGCUAAGGACUCGAAAAAGAAAAGGAAAUUACCCAAACUGGACGAUUUCUUGCAGAUGAGGGACUAUACCGGAGCGAGCACUUUGUUAGAGUUUAAUCGAAAUUCUGGAAAGGCAAGUGAGGAGACAAAUCUUUGGAUUGCUUACACAGCAUUUCAUUUGGGAGAUUACAAGAAAAGCAUGGAGGAAUACUUGGCACUGACCAAAAGUGAAGCUUGCCAUCCAGAUGUUUGGGUUAAUUUGGCUUGCUGUUAUUUUUUCCUUGGAAUGUACAAGGAGGGUGAUGAGAUGGCUUUGAAAGGUCCAAAGAGCAGACUUCAAAACAGAUUGCUGUUUCACCUUUCCCACAAGUUUAAUGAUGAGAAGAGGCUCAUGACCCAUCAUCAGGCCCUUCAGGAUAUUAUCGAGGACCAGUUGAGCUUGGCAUCUAUUCACUACCUGAGAAGUCAUUACCAAGAAGCUAUUGACAUCUACAAGAGGAUUCUUCUUGACAACAGGGAUUACCUGGCUUUAAAUGUGUAUGUUGCACUGUGCUACUACAAGCUGGACUAUUAUGAUGUCUCCCAGGAAGUCUUAGCAGUUUAUCUGCAACAUUAUCCUGACAGUGCAAUUGCUGUAAACUUGAAAGCUUGCAACCACUUUAGACUGUAUAAUGGGAAAGCAGCUGAGGCAGAGCUGAAGACACUACAGGAGACAGCAAGUCCUUCUUUCAGUUUUGCCAAUGAUCUCAUCAAACACAAUCUGGUGGUGUUUAGAGGAGGUGAGGGAGCCUUACAAGUUUUACCACCUCUGGUUGAUGUUAUUCCAGAAGCCCGCCUUAAUCUGGUUAUUUAUUACUUGAGACAAGAUGAUGUUGUGGAAGCCUACAAUCUUAUCAAAGAUCUGGAACCAACAACUCCUCAGGAAUACAUUCUUAAGGGUGUGGUCAAUGCAGCUUUGGGACAGGAACAGGGCUCUAGAGAACACUUAAAGAUCGCUCAACAGUACUUCCAGCUGGUGGGAGGAUCAGCCAGCGAGUGUGAUACCAUCCCAGGAAGACAGUGCAUGGCAUCUUGUUUUUUUCUCUUGAAACAAUUUGAAGAUGUUCUUAUUUACCUUAACUCCAUAAAGAGUUACUUUUACAAUGACGAUACGUUUAAUUUCAACUACGCUCAAGCCAAGGCGGCAGUUGGAAAUUACAAAGAAGCUGAGGAGAUUUUUCUGCUGAUUCAGUCGGAGAAAAUUAAGAAUGACUACACGUACCUAAGCUGGCUGGCGCGAUGCUACAUCAUGAACCAUAAAGCCCGGCCGGCAUGGGAACUGUACCUCAAGAUGGAGACAUCCGGCGAAUCUUUCAGUUUGCUGCAGCUUAUUGCAAACGACUGUUAUAAGAUGGGUCAGUUUUACUAUGCUGCUAAAGCCUUUGAUGUGUUGGAGAGACUGGACCCUAACCCGGAGUACUGGGAAGGAAAGAGAGGGGCCUGCGUCGGAAUCUUUCAGCAAAUCAUCGCUGGACACGAGCCAAGGUUGGACUUGUCGCAUCACCGCACUCAUGCCCCCGGGGCUCUCCCAUAAAUUUCGGAUAGGUGUAGGCCGCGAAGGGUCUUAAACCCGGACCCUGUUUGAGGAUCGAGAACCGCAAAUACCAUACCCUAUCCCCCGGCAAACCUAUAUUGUAUGAGGCAGUCCAAAGGAAGCGUGUUCGACAAUAAGAACAAGAAAAUAGUAACCUUGCGCUGUUUAAAUGAAACACUUUCAAAACUUUCGCGUUUGUGACGUACUGAUUAUCAGAAUCAAAACGUUGACAUUUCCCGCGUACUUCUUACCGU